AUGAAUACGAUCCGAUCAACCUGGGUCGGCUGGGGAGCUCUUUGCGUCGCUGGCGGCGGAGCCUAUUACUUUGCCAAAAAGUCCAUCAAUGCGGACCGUGCAUCCAGAUAUGAAGCAGAAUUGAAGAAGAAGGCGCAGCUUGCCGCGAUGGAAGCAGAACAUCGACGCCAAUCUACUCUCAACGAGCCGACCAUCCCACCGUCAGAAAACCCCAGCUUGAAACGGGCGAACAUGGCUCGCUUCCAGAGUGCAGCGGAUGAUGUCGCUUCGCCUAGUGCAGAGGCAGGACAUGAUCCUGCGCCGACUCGUCACGAACCUGAGACAGAGGCCGACCGGGUACUCGAGAAGGGGAAAUAUGAGGCUACUCAGCCGUUUCGACCUCCGAAGGGCAACCGACUCUAGAGCGAUGUACUGGUUUUGUUCAGCGAGGGCACGUCAAACGAAGGUGUAUGAGGAAGCCACCUAAACGGUUGUAAUAAUACACCGUCGUUGGAUGUGAUAAGCUAUGUACCAUAUUCUCUGUGUUUUUCUGCACUUCUUCACCUCGUAUAUCAUCCUACCACCAAUGACUGUUGUUACCGAAGACCAGUGAGAGUACAGGCAUCAUGUCAUCAUCCAGAUGCAUCUAAUAGUGAUGGCAGUUGGUCACCAUCACCCUGAAUUGUGGAUUAAUGUUCUUGUUCAAG